GCCAUUCUCCCAUCCUUCCCCAUUCCCAGCCCUCCCAGGACACGGCCAUUCCCCCAUCCUUCCCCAGCCCUCCCAGGACACGGCCAUUCCUCCCCGGCCGGCAGCUCCCGGCCUCCGCCGCCACCUGACGCCGUUCCCCCCCCAGGCUGACCCGAGGCGGGGCGCGGAGGGCGGGCAGGGCCUCCCCGGGGCAGGAGGGAGGGACGGAGGGAGAGCAGAGAAGCCGAACUCGCCGCCAGCCCGUCCAUCCGUGCGGCUCCGUCCCGGCUUUGUUGUGCUCGGGCCCGGGGGCGGGGAAGCGGAGGGAAGCGGAGGGAAGCGGGGAAGGCUCCGCUCCUCCUCCGCGGCCCCGGCCCCGCUCAUGGCGACGCUGGGCACAUCCGGGCCUCUCCUCCUUCUCCUCCUCCUUCGGCGGCCGCCGCUGCCCUGAGCGCCCGGCCCGGCUCCAUUCGCGCCUCCCCCGAGCCCUUGGCGGAGCAGCGGCGGGGGAGCCCCGGCCGGGGCCAUGUCCAACCCGGGGGCCCGGCGGAACGGGCCCGUCAAGCUGCGGCUGACAGUACUGUGUGCAAAAAACUUGGUGAAAAAGGACUUUUUCCGACUUCCUGAUCCCUUUGCUAAGGUUGUGGUGGAUGGAUCUGGCCAAUGCCAUUCUACAGAUACUGUGAAGAAUACACUUGAUCCCAAAUGGAAUCAGCAUUAUGACCUAUACAUCGGGAAGUCGGAUUCAAUAACGAUCAGCGUGUGGAACCACAAGAAAAUUCACAAAAAGCAGGGAGCUGGUUUUCUGGGCUGUGUCAGGCUUCUCUCAAACGCCAUCAACCGCCUUAAAGACACUGGUUAUCAGAGGUUGGAUCUCUGCAAGCUUGGGCCAAAUGACAACGAUACUGUUAGAGGACAGAUAGUAGUCAGUCUUCAGUCCAGAGACCGAAUAGGCACAGGAGGACAAGUUGUGGAUUGCAGUCGCUUGUUCGAUAACGAUUUACCAGAUGGGUGGGAGGAGCGCAGGACUGCUUCUGGAAGGAUCCAGUAUUUAAACCACAUCACGAGGACAACGCAGUGGGAGCGACCCACACGGCCAGCUUCGGAGUACUCGAGCCCGGGCAGGCCCCUGAGCUGCCUGGUGGAUGAGAACACUCCCAUCGGCGGCACCAACGGCGCCUCCUGCGGGCAGGCGGCGGAUCCGCGGCUGGCCGAGAGGAGGGUGCGCUCGCAGAGGCACAGGAACUACAUGAGCAGGACGCACCUGCACACCCCUCCCGACCUGCCGGAGGGAUACGAGCAAAGGACAACUCAGCAAGGUCAGGUCUAUUUUCUGCAUACUCAAACUGGUGUCAGCACGUGGCACGAUCCAAGAGUACCUAGGGAUCUUAGCAACAUCAAUUGUGAAGAGCUUGGUCCACUGCCUCCUGGAUGGGAGAUCCGAAAUACAGCGACGGGCAGGGUUUAUUUUGUUGACCAUAACAACAGAACGACGCAGUUCACGGACCCGCGGCUCUCUGCAAACCUGCACUUGGUGCUGAACCGGCAGAACCAGCUCAAGGACCAGCAGCAGCAGCAGCAGCAGCAGCCGGGGCUGUCCCUGUGCCAGCUCCCGGACGAGGCCGAGUGCCUGACGGUGCCGCGCUACAAGCGGGACCUGGUGCAGAAGCUGAAGAUCCUGAGGCAGGAGCUGUCCCAGCAGCAGCCCCAGGCUGGCCACUGUCGGAUCGAGGUCUCCAGGGAGGAGAUUUUUGAGGAAUCCUACAGGCAAGUCAUGAAGAUGAGGCCAAAGGACCUGUGGAAACGAUUGAUGAUAAAAUUCCGUGGGGAGGAGGGCCUUGAUUAUGGAGGUGUGGCCAGGGAGUGGCUGUACCUGCUGUCCCAUGAGAUGCUGAAUCCUUACUAUGGGCUCUUCCAGUACUCGCGGGAUGACAUUUACACGCUGCAGAUCAACCCCGACUCCGCCGUCAACCCGGAACACUUGUCCUAUUUCCACUUUGUGGGCAGGAUCAUGGGGAUGGCUGUGUUCCACGGGCACUACAUUGACGGCGGCUUCACGUUGCCUUUCUACAAGCAGCUGCUUGGGAAGCCAAUUACUCUGGAUGACAUGGAAUUGGUGGACCCUGAUCUCCAUAACAGCUUAGUCUGGAUACUUGAGAACGACAUCACCGGGGUCCUGGACCACACGUUCUGUGUGGAGCACAACGCCUACGGGGAGAUCAUCCAGCACGAGCUGAAACCCAACGGCAAAAGCAUCCCCGUGACUGAGGAGAACAAAAAGGAAUAUGUCAGGCUUUAUGUGAACUGGCGGUUUUUACGAGGAAUUGAAGCUCAGUUUCUGGCGCUCCAGAAGGGAUUUAAUGAAGUAAUCCCACAACAUCUGCUGAAGACAUUCGAUGAGAAGGAGCUGGAGCUCAUCAUUUGCGGACUGGGAAAAAUCGAUGUGAACGACUGGAAGGCAAACACGAGGUUAAAACACUGCACCCCCGACAGCAACAUCGUCAAGUGGUUCUGGAAGGCCGUGGAGCUCUUCGACGAGGAGAGGAGGGCGCGGCUGCUGCAGUUCGUGACCGGCUCCUCGCGGGUGCCCCUGCAGGGCUUCAAGGCACUGCAAGGUGCUGCAGGCCCACGACUCUUCACAAUACACCAGAUCGAUGCCAGCACUAAUAAUUUGCCUAAAGCUCAUACCUGCUUCAACAGGAUCGACAUUCCUGCCUACGAGAGCUACGAGAAGCUCUACGAGAAGCUGCUCACGGCCAUCGAGGAGACCUGUGGCUUUGCUGUGGAAUGACCCUGCCAGCCUCUCCCACACUCUAUUUAUACUCCUGUCAGCCAGAAAGCCCUUCCUUCCCUCAGCCAAGACUCAAGAAAUGCUUGAAAUACAGGAAACUUUCCCUUUUCUACACUAGGACAUUGGGAGGGAAAGGACAACUUUUGGAUUUUUUUUUUUUAAUUUUUAAAGUUUUUUAUUUCAAGAAAAUAGGUUCUGUGGUUCCUGCCAUAGGAUCAUUCAGCUGCUAUUAAAAACUAAUAUCUUGAACAUACAGAAUGCUGACUUUUCCUACAUUUCAACAGUUAAGCAGUAUUCUAUACUUAAAGACUACUACUAUUUUUGUAAGAGGUAAUCUAUUAUAUUUGCCUACCUGAUUUCUAUUCUCAGAUACCAAGACACAACUUCAGCAGUCGGUACAAGUCACGUUUCAGCCUGUUUUAAAUGUAUGAUACUGAACAGCAUCUAUACCUGCUAUUUUUGGAAAAAAAAAUAUUUUGGAUUAUUCUAACUUUGCAUAAAAUUGGCUGAAAGAAUCAUUAAUCUUUUUAAUGAAAGCCACUUACAUGUUAACUGCAUUUUCUUAUAGUAAACCAUGAUAUUCUGCAAUGUAAAUUCCAGGUAAAUGUUGCCACAGGGGCUUUUUUUAUAUUUUUCAAGCAGGAAUUCCGAAUAUGAUGUUUUGGGGUCCUAUUUAUAUCACUUGUCAGAUUCCUCCAGCAGAAUUUCUAGUGAGUGACACAGACUAUUUGGUACAGUCCUUGUGUUUACACGUGGAAUAACCUUUUCUUAAUGAACAGUAGAUAUUUUGAUUUUUUUUUAAAACAGCAUUUUUCUAACAAGUCUGUCAAGAGUACUUUUUGUUGCUUUUGACCUUAAAUUGAAACACUGCAUUUUUCAGCUGUUGAAGCACUGAUGGGCUUUGCCAGCAGAAGCCUGUCAGCAGUUUGUUCCAGAAUCCAUCCUGUCCAGUCAACCAAAGUUUGUUUGAAUGCAGCCAAAUCAUAUUCUGUAUUUGUUGAUGCUAAAGAUUUAUCAGGUAAAACAUGUUGUAAUCUCUGUCCAGCUGCUCAUGACACGUGGGUUUAAGUUACAGCUAAGGAAAAAUGGUGUAUUGACUGAAAUAUGUGUAAUGUGCUUUGGAAAUGAGGUUGUAAGAGCACAUAAUUUAUUGAUUGUAGGGAUGGAAGUAAGUAUAUAUAUGAUUUAUAGCAUGGGUUGAUCUCUUCAAAGGGGAAUAAAAUGCACUACCAGUAGAGGGAACUGAACUUUGAUGUUAGUUUGGAAAUUCUCAGUUGAGAUCUGUCUGAUCUGCUCUUGGUGUGUGGAUAAAUCAGGCUGCUUCAGAGACAGUGCCCUUCUCCUCUCAGCCACGAGAAUAUUUGGAAGAAGUAGCAGUUUUUUUCCAAUCAGUGUUGUGUUUUUGUAACUUAGGUUACAAUUAAUCAUCAAAUCUGCACUAUUUUUUCACUGCCAAUGAGAAGAAAGUCAGAGGUAUUGAAAAUGCUGAAGGGAUGGGAUGUAAGCAGCUGUUGAUGUUUGCAGUGUCAGUCACAGUGAACCAGCCAUUGACUGUCUGUUCUGUGCAGCUUAAACGAAAUCCUGCUCUGCCACAGUGAGUAAACUACUCCUGGAUGUUGUGUGUUGGAAUAGUGGGCAAGGGACUGCUGUUCUAGAAUUGUGGUGAGAAUCUGGUGAGCCAAAGCCACACGUUGGUGUGAUUAUUUCUGUUGUACAGCUGCUGCUGGCAGCUUUGCUCCAAGGGACUUUGCUUCCCUUUCUGGGCUGGCUGCAGGAUGAGGCUGCUUAGGGAUGGAAACAGAAAGCCAGGAGACUUGCUGGGACAGCCAGGCUGGAAACACAGCAGAGCCUUUUCUUUGCAUUUCUCCUUUCCUUUCCCUUUCUUUUCUCUUUUUUCCCUUUUCCUUUCCCUUUAUUUUCAGUGGGCUCCUGCACUCCAUGGAAGGGCAGCUGUUGGUGCCUCCCUGCAGGGCUGCCCAGCUCCCUGAGCAGCUCUGGGAGCCCAGCACGUUCCUGCCCUGGCUUUGUCCCCAGCCCUGCCAGCUCUGAGGCUCAGUGGCUGCUGCAGGGCUCUCACAGACAGCUCCUUGUGUCGUGGAACUGGUGUAAAAUCACUGACACAAGUGAUUUUUUAAAGGUUUGGUUUUCUGUUUUAGCCCCUGUGUUUGCCCAGCCUGUGGCCACAGCCUCCCUGGGCAUGGACCAUGGCAAAUAUGAAAUUUGGUGGGUUUAUUGAAUGCAUGGUUAUGGUCACCUUGCUGUCACAAAAGCACCUUUGGGGAGGGAGGAGAUGAGCUCUGCAGAACAGAGAGCUGAGAUCAGCUGAUAAUUACAUUCAUUUUCACAGCAGCCUUAGCAGUACAUCUGUUUUUCUACUAAACAUUUUGGUAUGGCAUUGAGAAUUUUUUUAACUGCUACAGAUAUUGUAAAUUUAAUAUAUUAUAGGCAAAACUAGACAAAUCUGCAUUGAACUUUCCAUAGCUGACAGAUGAGGAUGAAUAUACCAAGUAUUUUGAGUGCCUUUCUACCUUCAUAAAGACUGAGAGCUUUAACUAAAGCACCUCAUCACCCAGUCAGAUGUUUAUCUGAAAGUGGUAAAGGGUUGAUUCCUUUCCAAAAUUUUGUUUCAAGAACACGUCAGCUACUUUCCCCUCAAAAAGGUGCUAAGCCUAAUAUUGCAUUUUAACCUUGGACUUUCACCCCAUGAUUAAUGUGAAUAUUUAUUUCAAUGUGUCCCUCUUACUGGGUUUUACUUUAUCCAGUCUUUGGUUGUUUUAGAGAGAUGUCACAUCAUGGUUUUAUGCUGUUGCUUUUCAUUAUGAAUGUUUAAUUAUGAACAGUGACUUUUGUAGAUUUCAAAUAUACAGUUCACAGUUGAGUUUCAGAGGAUUUAAUUUCUCGGUGUAAAGAGUUUUGUAAUGGUGCUUUGUACAGUAUGUAUUCUAAUUUUUUUUUUUUUUUUUGCACAUAGGUUCAGUUUCCCUAAACUGAUUUAUUUGUACCAAAUUUUUGUGUUGUACUAAAGUCCAGAGCACACAAGCUGUUUUGAAAUUCCUGUUCCACAACACUACAUGUGUACUGAACUCCUGGUGUGUUUAAAAGGCUGCAUUGGUGGAAGUUCAAGCUCUGCUCCUGUCACAGCACCAUCCUCCAGCUCGAUGUAGCAUCUUUUUAAACAGCACCACACACUUAACAGGUGCCAUUUGUUGUACUUUACACUAUGUAGUAGGUUCCUGGCUCUGCACAUCCUCAGUUCUUUGUCUGUAGUUGUAAUUAGUUUAUACAAGUGUAAUUACUCCUCCACAAACUGACAGUUCUUAGUUUAUCAUUUCCAUUGUAUUUAUUACAGAGUGUUUUAGCAUUGGUAUCAUUGUAUUUUCACCCAGCUGUUACAUGAGCUUUAACAAAAAAAAAAAAUCUGUAUAAAAUGGUUUUUAAGUACUUAAUGUAUGUACCCAUGCAGAAGUUGAGCAAUAAAUUGUAUGCUGUUUGCACUGUCACAGCAUCGAUGGUUUUAAAAGUUUGAAGUUUUUUUUAAUUAAAUCUUUAAAAUGUAACAAUGUCAUUUUU